GUGUUCUCUAAAGGUCAGUAUUUUGGAUUGUCUGCCUAAAUUCUGAGUCGCUGCGCUUGUUUGCUAGAAUUGGGGUUGCAGUGCUGUUUUGCUUGAAGACAUUUGGAGACCACCAUGAUCUUCUUAACUCCAUCUUCUGGCUUUUUCCAGUAUGCUAACAAACUGUUGCUGAACGAAAAAGCUAACUGGGUGCAUCUGAAGGAGUUUGCCCGUAAAAAUGCUGCCAAUGCUCUUUCUAUGGCCAACAUGGUCAUGGGAAUGGCCUCAAUUCUCUGCAGUCUCAGUGGGCAUCAUCAUGCCGCAUGCUGGCUGGUUCUGAUCGGUUACCUGUUGGAUUUGGCAGAUGGAGCCGUUGCUAGGCAACUGGAUGCAUGUUCUGCAUUGGGUGCAAAGUUGGAUGAUUUUGCUGAUUUUACAACAUUUGGAAUAGCGACAUCAUUGCUUUUACGGACGCCCAGUCUGCUAGACAAUAUCCUGUGCAUUGUCUACGUGCUGUCUGUCUUUGUGCGUCUCUGCUUUUUUUCUAGUGGAAUUCCCUUUAUGUACCGUGGUCUACCAUGCAUCUACUCAUCUGCAAUUCUAGCUUGCGUUUCCCUGCUAACUGGUGAAAAUAUGGCAGUACUGAGAAUAAUAGCAGUGGCUAUGAUUCUUUUCAUGGUGAGCCAGAACUUCUACCCACAUGACCGAGUGCUGGAGUCUCAAGCCUGGAAGAAAGUGGUCUACGUCGGAGGAAUUGCCAUGGUCUUUUGUUCCUCCUUCCCUUCAGCAUGUGUUUACUACUUGUUAUGGUCAGUUUCCUACAUACUGUUUCCAACAGCCCUGUGGAGCUCCAAAGUGUGAAGAAGCAAUGGCCUGGAAGAUUUCUUCCCGACGGCUCUUCCCAACUGGAGAAGGCCUGUGCAGCUUGUUGGAAUCCUACUGCUUCUUGUGAUCGAAUCAUAUCGAUCAUUUUAAAGUAUUUUAAGUCAUUUUAAAUCAAACUAAAUCAUUUAGCUUUUGGGAUGAUAAACCUUUUAUGCCCAGAUAAACUGAUGAAAUCUUCCCGAUCCGGGAGAGUUACGAAAACUUUGAUUAGAUGCUUUAAUCACUAUGGGAGGAAAGAGAAAUGGCCUCUGCAUUGCACAUAUAUUAUCGUGUGUUUAAUUGAUCAGAAUAAUAGUUUGUCAGUGGUUGACAGAGAUGUAAGGAUAUAUGGGUGGUGCUUAUUUCGUCUGCACUGAUCCAAAACUGAAGAAGCAAGUGGCAGGAGGGGUUUUGGCAAAUUUGCUGUGGGAUUUAUAAUUGUAGAACUGCUUCUAUUUGGUGGUGGUUGUUAAGGAAGUAGAUUUGAAGUUUUUUUUUUCAUGUGUAAUACUGAUAUUUUCAUUUUGUGUUUACUGAUUAAAACACUUAUAUAACACUGGUAUAUCUAAAACUUAAAAAUAAUUAAAAUAUAUUAGCUUUUUUAAGUACAUUACAUUUGCAUAAACUGUAAUAAUUAGAAUUAUUUAUUUUUAAAAAAAGGAACGUUUAAUUGUUAAAAAAAGGGAUUUGCAUCUUACUGAUCUGUGCAGUUACGUGUAAAGGAAACUACAGUAUGUCUAAGAUACGGUUAUCAUCAUGAUUAUUUAGUGCCUGGUUAAUAUUUGACCAUGAUAAAAAAAAACUGUAUGUCUCAUAUUGUAUUUGAUAAGCCUUCAAAACAAAUACCAAUUAACAAUGUUAGGAAUGGUGGGUUUGACAAAAAAAGUUGACUUCCAACCAAAGGAUUUUGUUGAAGUGUACAGUAUGUGCAUGUUGGCCUCUGUUUUAAGGGGUCCUGCUUUCUACAGUAUCCCUAAAUAAUUGCUAAUGUUUAGAGAGUGAAAUUUCUUUUGAUUUGCUAUGUACACUUGGGUGUGUGGGUUUAAUAGGAAAACAGAACCUUGCAAUGUAACCAUGUUAAGACAUCACUUUGUGUUGGUUGAUUUAUAUUAAAAUUUAGUGGUGUUUUGUCUUGUG